UUUAUCCAUAUUCAAACAUCCAUUGCAAAUUGUUUUAUUACUUUUGUAGGACCAAAUUUUGUCAAGGGCUAUAGAUUUACCAAACCAGUUUACAUGGGCUUCAAGUGGACAAAUGAUUAUGUUGUGUUUUCUGAACGUAAGACGUGGUUGGGCGCGAGAGAUGUUUGCAAGUCAAUGGGUAACGUACUUCUGUACAACAGAUGGAACCUUAUGAACUGGUAUAUAAAGACAAAAGCCACGAGGAAAGGAUGGUCAGUUACUGAUGAUGUGUGGUUAGGACUGAUAAAACAUCAGAGCAGCGAAAGAUGGUACGCAGAAAGAAAAUAUAAUUGCCAUGAAACCACAAUGACAAUUUCCGGACAAAACUGGCUUGAAAAACAGUGCGCCGUUUUAAACAUGUCUGCUGCACACCCGGGUGAUAAACUUAUGCUUUAUGCUACAUCUUGUGAGGGACACACAUUUGGAUUUGUUUGUCUUGAGGCACAGGGAGAAAUACCAAAUGGUGUGGAGCACUACCCCUUCUCAGAGGUAGAGGAGAAAAGUGACAGAAGACUUCAAUUGAAUACUUCAUCACAGACGGAGUGUGCGAUCAGUUCAUUUUCCAACAUCCAGUGUUAUGUUGCUACGUACUUUCCGAAGGAUAAAUAUUGUGUAGCUGAACGCACCUCGAUGAUCGAAAUUCCAGAGACAUCGGCUUUACCGCCCAGCACAUACUUGUAUCCAUGUCCUCCAGAAACAAUUGCAGAGACUUCUUCAGUGGAAAUGUUCAUCGACGCUUCAACAACAACUUUUCAAAACCUAGACGUUACCUCUUCAUUGGCAGAACUUUCAGAUGACACGACAACAGUCAUUCAUUCCAUCAGUCAGACGACCACGGUUUUUCAGACUCAGAAAGACACAACUACAGCCUCAGUUGAUGGUAUGAAAACAGUUACAGAGACACAUAAUGGCGAAACAACAUACACAGAUCUUUCCAAAGGCACAACUACAAAAAUGCCACAUUGUACAACGGAAGUUAAUUCUGGAUGCCUCUGUACACGUCAGAUAACUAACAUUGAAGGAGAGAAACUAAACCAGAAGGUCCUAGAGAUUAAGAAAAUACUCACUGUAAACAUAUCGUCCCUGUCUUCGACAAUGAGGAAGAAGAUAUCAGCACCAGACGACAGACAGUCUUCGCUAGCCAUAGGGACGAUGGGUAUUUGUGUAAUCAUUGGUGUUGUCAUGGCCUUGAUCGGUGGUGACAUGGUUAAUAUUGUGUCCUGUAUAAAGUAUUUGUUCUGCUGCAAAAGAAGGCUUUCUCGUGUUCAGCAUGAGGUGUUCUGUAUUCUGCUCAGCUUCUCCACAUGGACACAUCGGGGAUGGUAUGACUUUCAUGACUCUAUGCAGAUGUUGGUUGAGUCUGUUGUGUCCUGUCCUAAGUCUGAAGAUGGUCGUCUGCUCAGGUCUAGCCAGUUGGUGAUAGCUGUCUUGUUGUUAAGGGGUUCUGUGUAG